CGAAAAAGAACACCUAUAUCCUGGCUUUGGAUGGGGACACUGAUUUUCAGCCCUCGGCUGUGAUGCUGUUGGUGGACCGUCUCAGGAUGUACCCGGAGGUGGGGGCUGCUUGUGGUAGAAUUCACCCUACUGGCACCGGUCCGAUGGUGUGGUACCAGAAGUUUGAGUACGCCGUGGGCCACUGGAUGCAGAAGACGGCAGAGCACGUGUUUGGCUGUGUUCUCUGCAGCCCUGGUUGCUUCAGUCUUUUUCGGGCAACUGCACUCAUGGACGACAACAUCAUGAAGAAGUACACCACCACGGCUACAGAGGCAGGCCACUAUGUGCAGUACGAUCAAGGUGAGGACCGCUGGCUGUGCACUCUGUUGCUGCAGCAGGGCUGGCGGGUGGAGUACAACGCGGCGUCAGACUCCUACACCAACGCCCCGCAGGAGUUCAAGGAGUUCUACAACCAGAGGCGGCGCUGGGGGCCCUCCACCAUGGCAAACACCCUGGACCUGCUGGGCAGCGGCGAGGUGACGGUCAGGUUGAACAAAUCCAUCUCCACCCCCUUCAUGCUCUACCAGACACUCGUCAUGGCUGCCUCCAUCCUCGGCCCAGCCACUGUUUGCCUGAUGAUCGCAGGAAGCUUCUCCUUUGUCUUUGGUGUUUCACCUAAUCUGAGUCUCGUACUAGCUAUUGUGCCCCCAGUCAUCUACCUUAUUCUGUGCUACAUACUGAGCUCCAACACUCAGAUCACCGUUGCCGCCAUUAUGAGCAUAUUCUAUGCCUUCCUGAUGACAGCAAGCAUUCUUUCAAUCAUCGGUGACAUGGUUUUGGAGGGCACCUUCAUUACUCCCAGUGGCCUCUUCUUCAUUGGACUCGUGUCAAUGUACAUGAUCACCGCCCUGCUCCACCCCAGCGAGUUCGGUCUCAUCAUCUACGGCCUCCUCUACGUGCUCUGCAUCCCCAGCGCCUACCUCCUCCUGGCCAUCUACUCCAUGGUAAACAUGAACAAUGUGUCCUGGGGAACCAGGGAGACCGCUGCCCCAAAGCCAGCCGCCGGUGCUGCUGCCACGCAGACACAGAUCCAGAAGAACGUCAAGUACAAGAGGAACUGCAAGUGCUGCUGCAGCUGGAACCUGGAGUGCCGGGUCACCGAUGACCAGGAAGUGACCGUGGCACUGCCUGUCAGCGCUCCGCAGUCGGAACCUGUUUCAGACAAUCCCAAACAACCAGAAAAAAUGAAACGGUUUACGCCUCAUUGGUUAUGUUUAUUUAUGUGUUUAUGUUUAUGUUAUUUGUCAGACUGGAUUGAACAACUGAAGGACAAAUCUGGGGACCUGGGGCUGGACACAAAAUACCUUGAUGAGGUAGUUUUAACGCUAACAAUCCAUUAACCUCCAGAUUGCUUUGUAUUUCUCACACUUGAAUUGAUCCUUGUAAUCACGAAUACUGAGUCACAAUCUGAGGAUGAAGUGCUGUUUUGGGAGAAGCUCAAGGAGCGCUAUCUUAAACCUCAUGCCGAGGAUAAGGAAACAAAGAAGCGAAUUGAAGCAGACCUGAAAGACCUAAGAAACAAGGCCACAUUUGUGUACUUCAUCUGCAAUGCCAUCUGGCUUGUGGCUACGUUCUUCCUGCAGGAGAUAGGAGGGGCCGUCAGCAUCCCGAUUCCCAGGCUUUAUCCCAAUGGGACAGUAGAUCCGGACGCGCAAAUCUUCAUUGACCCCAUUGGCUUAAUGUUUGUCAUUGGCUUUGCAUUUUUACUGGUGAUUCAGUUUUUCGCCAUGUUGUGGCACAGGCUACAAACAUUGAUCCACUACAUAGCCUACCAAGGAACUGAGUCUGCAGUCAUCAAAAAGAAAUUGACUAGAGCCAAGUCUUACGAGAGUUUGUACGAUGAAAAGAACUCCCACAAGUUUCUUUGACACUUCCAUGGUAUGGAUGACAAGCACACAAUGACAAUUGGAGGACAGCUUGACUGCACAAGAUGAGCACCUUUAGUCAAAAACACUGCACUUAAGAUAUACUCCUGGUUUCUAUGUAGUAACACUUGCAUGUAACAUUGUAUGAGUUGCACUUAUAAUGUUAACAUGGUAUGCUGUAUUUAAGCAAAUCUAUUAUGUCACUUUUUUAUGAUUUUUUUGCAAAUGCUUUGCAAGUAAUUAAAUAUGUUUGAGUUUUUGCUUUUCUGAGGUAUACACACAUUUAGUUAAAGGUAUUAAUGCUUCCAAUUUCCUUGAUUUUGAACUGAGGGUUAAUUUGAUUUUAAGUUUAUGUAACCAUUCUAACUAGAUUGUACUGCUCUAGCACUUUAUUGGCAUGGGGACGCUUUCAACCUCAAUCAACCUUAAUAAGCCUUAUCAUUCAGUAGUGGGUGAUAGCCAUCAUAUAAAUGCACUGCAAAAUAUGAAAUGCACUGCAAAAUAAACUUUGUGAUAGAGUUGUAUGAUCACUCUUGUGUGAUUAGCAGCACAAUCAAAACGGA